AAUACUGGACUGUGGCACAGUGUCACAGCUGCGUAGCUGUGGGAGUUAUUGAAAAGACUGGCUGUGAAAAAAGAUACAUUGCAUGGUUAUAUUAGGUAUUCUCCCAAGGAGAACCCACAAAGAUACGUAAAAAAUGCCUGGAAUGAUGGAUAAAGGGUCGGAGUAUCUCGGAAAGGGACGCUCUAACGGAACAAAAAGCCCUUCAAAUGCAUCGAAUGGACAUUUUUCUGAUGAGAGUGGCAGUGACGACGAGCACGAUGUCGGAAUGCGUGUGGGAUCCGAUUAUCAAGCCAAUAUACCAGAAUUUGAUCCUGGUUCUACCAAGUACAGUGAUAAAGAUAGUGGGGGAAUGUUGGUGUGGUCUCCAUAUCACACCAUUUUCGACCCAAAAUUGGAUGAAUAUAUUGCCAUUGCAAAAGAGAAGCAUGGAUAUAAUGUUGAGCAGGCAUUGGGCAUGCUGUUCUGGCACAAACACAACAUUGAGAAGUCCCUGGCAGACCUGCCCAACUUCACCCCCUUCCCCGACGAGUGGACCGUGGAGGAUAAGGUGCUGUUCGAACAAGCCUUCAGCUUCCACGGAAAAAGCUUCCACAGGAUUCAACAAAUGUUACCAGACAAAUCCAUAUCCAGUCUUGUGAAGUAUUACUACUCCUGGAAGAAGACCCGGUCCAGGACCAGCCUGAUGGACCGCCAGGCCAGAAAGCUGGCAAACCGAAACGCCCAAGAUGAAAGUGAUGAAGAAAUGGAGGAGGCCAACCCCAUCGAAGCAAACGAUAGCGAUUAUGACCCCACCAAGGAGACGAAAAAAGAGAGCCACACGGAGCCCCAGCCCCUGAGCUCCUCCAAGAUUGGGCUUGGCCGAAGGGAGCACCUGACGCUCAUGCACCGGCACCACUCACAGCGUUCCAAGUGCCGGCCGCCCAAGGGCAUGUAUCUGACCCAGGAGGAUGUGGUGGCAGUGUCGUGCAGCUCCAGCGCUGCCAACACCGUCCUUCGGCAGCUGGACAUGGAGCUGGUGGGCCUCAAAAGACAGGUUCAAAAUGCAAAGCAACUGAACAGUGGUCUGAAACACAGGAUGGAAGCGGGCAUUGAUGACUUCAGGCUGCCAGAGUGCAACCAAAAAGUUAAUGCCCGCUGGACAACAGAUGAACAGCUUCUGGCAGUUCAAGGUGUCCGGAAGUACGGGAAAGACUUCCAGGCCAUUGCCGACGUUAUCGGUAAUAAGACGGUAGGGCAGGUAAAGAACUUCUUUGUGAACUACCGCCGCCGGUUUAACCUGGAGGAGGUGCUGCAGGAGUGGGAGGCGGAGCAGGGAACUGGCACCCCCAACGUUGACACUGCCACCUCUGGCGAGGAGGGGAAGAACAGCUCCAUCACCCCUUCUGGGAAGAGUACGGACGAAGAGGAGGAGGAGGGCCAGGUGACCCUCUCGUCAGGCCCUUCUCCCGCUGCAACUUUCCAGACCCUGGUGACGUCGUCGGCAACCUCGCUCAACCAGCCACCCCCGCUCCUACGGCCCUCCCUGCCGGCCACCCCAGCCCUCCACAGGCAGCCGCCCCCUCUCCAGCAGCAGGCCCGCUUCCUCCAACCCCGGCCCGUGCUCAACCACCCCCCACUCAUCCGGCCCUCCAACCCCCAGCCCCCACGCCUCAAUCCCCGGCCUCUUGUCCCCACCUCCACAGGGUGCCCAGGCUCCAGCCAGCCGCCCCCCACCCUGGUGGGUAUCCCAUCGGAGAUGCCGUCCUCCUCCACGCUGCACUGAGUGUGUGCAAUGGCGAAGGAAGAAAACUGAAAAGUCGUGGUCGUUUUUUUUUUACUUGGUCGUUUGUUUGCUGUUGUUUUCCUGAAGGUCGUCAAUCGUUGGUUGUUAUGAGGAAAUUAUGUAUAUUAAUGAGAAAAGUAAA